CGGAAGCGCGCAGCGGCGUCGAUCGGUUCUGCCUUUGGUACGAGGAGCCUCCGUGUUUUCGUAUCGAUUCUCCUUGGACGGGGCCUGGUGCGUAGGCAGCGAGGCGCUCUGGGUUUCAGUCUCGCGAAGGGUCAGCGCUGGACCGAACCCGGCUGGUUCUCUGCUGGUGCGGCUGAAGAUCCUGGACGGAGGCCGCGCCGAGUCGAAACACUCCGCUGCACAGGCCUCCCGCCUGGACCCCUGCUUCUCUGGCGACCAUGGAAGGGAUCACCGGAAGCUUGGAGGACGGCAUGUCUGGCACGAGCGUCUCAGACGUUCAGGAGCGUCUCUCCUCCCUGGAAUUCCGCGUCCACCAGCAGGAGGACGAGUUGACGGUGAUGAAAGCCGCUCUCGCUGAUGUCCUGCGGCGCCUGUCUGCUGUGGAAGACUCCGCCUCAUCCAGGAAGAAAGUUGGAGGAAAAGGUGACCUUCGUGAAGCAUCCUCCAUGUCCUGCAUCACUAACGGUGGGAUGCCAGGCCGCAAAAGAGAAUCCGUCUCUGUGACCAGGAAAGAGACCAUGUCCUCGGCAGCUAAGAGUGGAGCAGAGAAGAAGGAGGACCCUCCUCGCCACGAACCGCCUCCUUGUGUCUCUCCCCACCUCCCACAGAGACCUCCCACUCCUCAGAGACACCCACCCGCCUCUGACGGCAGUAAAGGCCAAGCCGCCUUGAAAAGGGGGCCGAGUGUGAAAAGGUCCACUGGUGAAACACCUGAAGAAAACAGGAAUAAACUUGUCAAAGCUGCCUCAACAUCUAAACUUUUGGCCAAGAUGGUGAAGUCUACGGAGAGGUACAGAGAGCCAGUGGUCAGCCAGGCCAAAGUGUCGACUCGAGAGAAAAACAGCCAGGCUGAGGGGAAAAACCUCAAGGUGUUCUUGCGGGGACGUCCGAUCACAAUGUUCGUCCCUUCGGAUGUAGACGAUUACAGGGAGGUCCGAACAGAGCUUCCUUCAGAGCGACUGAAGCUGGAGUGGGUGUAUGGCUAUCGUGGUCGAGACUGUCGGGCGAACGUCUACUUGCUCCCGACUGGAGAGAUCGUCUACUUCAUCGCUUCUGUGGUGGUUUUGUUCAACUACGAGGAGAGAACCCAGAGACAUUAUUUGGGACACACCGACUGCAUCAAGUGUCUAGCGGUCCAUCCUGAUAAGAUCCGCAUCGCUACUGGACAGCUCGCUGGAGUGGAUAAAGAUGGCCGGGCAAUACCUCCUCAUGUCCGGGUCUGGGACAGUGUCAGUCUGACCACGCUGCAGGUCAUCGGGAUUGGGACUUUUGAGCGAGGUGUCGGUUCUCUGGCCUUUUCCAAAGCUGAUUCUGGGCAGCACCUCAGCGUCAUAGACGACUCUAAUGAUCACAUGUUGACGGUGUGGGACUGGCAGAAGAAGUCCAAGAUCGCUGAGAUCAAGACCACUAAUGAGGUGGUUCUGGCCGUAGAGUUCCACCCCACGGACCCAAACACCAUCAUAACGUGUGGAAAAUCCCACAUCUUCUUCUGGACCUGGAAUUCAUCCUCGCUGGCGCGGAAACAAGGGAUCUUUGGGAAAUAUGAGAAGCCCAAGUUUGUUCAGUGUCUGGCCUUCUUGAGCAGCGGAGACAUCCUGACUGGAGAUUCAGGUGGGAUCCUGCUGAUCUGGACCAGAGCCUCAAACGACACAGGCAAAGGGCCACGUGCGUUUCAGAUCAGCAGACAGGUGAGGGGACAUGAGGGCAGCGUGUUCUGUGUGUGUGAGAUGAGGAACGGCACCUUCCUGACGGGUGGAGGGAAGGACCGGAAGAUCAUCCUCUGGGAUCAGGAGCUGCGAGCUGAGCGAGACAUGGAGGUCCCGGACGUGUACGGCGCCAUCAGGGCGGUGUCUGCGGGCAAAGGUGACGAGCUCCUCGUGGGUACCUCGAGGAAUUUCAUCCUGCGGGGAACCUUCAAUGACGGCUUCACUGUGGAGGUCCAGGGUCACACAGAUGAGCUGUGGGGCUUGGCCUCGCAUCCCUCCAGACACAUGUUUCUGACCUGUGCCCAAGACCGCCUGGUCUGCCUGUGGGACUCGGCCGAUCACAGCCUGCGAUGGAGCCGCUCUCUGGAGGAACACGGGCACUGCGCCGAGUUUCAUCCCAGUGGAGCCGUGGUCACCAUCGGCACUCACUCUGGAAAGUGGUAUGUUCUGGACGCAGAAACCACAGACCUGGUGGCAAUCCACACCGACGGGAACGAGCAGCUGUCCGUGAUGCGCUUCUCCGUGGACGGAACGCUGUUGGCUGUCGGUUCACACGACAAUUUCAUAUACCUUUACACUGUCUCCGACAACGGACGGAAGUACGGACGCUCCGGCAAGUGUUCGGGACACUCCAGCUACAUCACCCACUUGGACUGGUCCCCGGACAACAACUUCAUCAUGUCCAAUUCGGGCGACUAUGAGAUCUUGUACUGGGACGUCCCCAACGGCUGCACCCUCAUCAGAAACCGAUCCGAGUGUAAAGACAUAGACUGGGCCACAUACACCUGCGUGCUGGGCUACCACGUGUUUGGGGUGUGGCCUGAAGGUUCGGACGGCACCGACAUCAACGCUCUGGUCAGGUCUCACAACAGGAAGGUCCUGGCUCUGGCCGACGACUUCUGCAAAGUGCACCUGUUCUCCUACCCCUGCUCCCGGGCCAAGGCCCCCAGCCACAAGUACAGCGCCCACAGCAGUCACGUGACCAACGUGAGCUUCCUGCACGACGACAGUCACCUGAUCUCCACCGGCGGGAAAGACACCAGCAUCAUGCAGUGGCGCCUGGUGGAGAAGCCCGGACUCUCCCUGGGCGACGGCCUCCUCUCCAACGCUGCCCCCCGCAGGGCCGACUCCGUCGUGACGCCCCCUGACACGGCUGCGCCGGAGCUGGGAUCUUUAGUGGAAGCCAACGGCACCCAAGACCUCUCGCCCGAAACCCCCCCACCCGACAAGCUGGAGCCCCAUCCGUUUGAGCUGACGCCUCCUCACUCGGAGAGCGCAGCGCCCUCUUCGGACGGAACGGUGAGCCUGAAGGACAGUCUGGACCCCAGCGACGACACGGCCACGCCCAGCGACGAGGGCCUGCCGCCGCUGACUCCGCCCUCGUAGUCUCCCGCCUCCUCCAGGACCCAAGUCUGUGAACUGGUGAACGUGUGUGACUCGGACCUGUCGACUCGUUGGAAUUAGUGGCGUCCAGAGAGAAAAUCGCGGAACUUAAUUUGUUCAAAACUCAAAAGCUGAUCAAACUGUGCGUUUGACUGUUUUUAUUGUGAAACUGUUUGGCAAAGUAUUGCGAGGUGACGCGUGAGUGGGGGAGGGGAUGGUCUUGUUUUUAUAACUGUGCUGAGUGGGCAGUUUUUGUGGUCGACGCCGUUGCCCAGUUUUGUCAUUGUUCACUGCAACAUGAUUUUGAUAAUGUUUUGAGCCAUUUUUGUCAAAAGAUCUCGACUGGAUGAUUUUUAUCAAAAAAAAUAAACUUUUUUUUUU